UGGCUGGAUAAGAACAAGGAGGGAGUUUAUAUUGCAACAUUUUUCACAAAUUGAGCAGACUAAAUCUGUGCUCUUCACUCUAAACUUGAGAACUCAUUGAAAAAAGCAGGAAAAUGAAGACAGCCCUUAUAUUCAUUGUUCUUUGGAGUUUGAGCAGUGCAUUUUAUAUAAAUAAUUUUCGGAAGUGGAAAGGAGAUGAUUCAGAUGAAAAAGGGGCAUCGAGGAAUAGAUAUGGCUAUUUUUUCAGACGCGUACAUGUCCAGGCACCUCCUAAAUACAUAACUUAUGCCAGAGCUGGAGGUUCUUCAGAAGAAGAAGAUAGCUCUGAUGAGCAAGAGGAUUCAGUGGACGCUGGUAAAAAUGGAAAGAAUGCUGCAUCAGAAGAAGCAGGAGGAGAGGGGAAAGGAGCGGAGGAGGAAGAGGCAGAUUCUGAAGGUGGCGAGGAAGAAAAUGGAGGAACUUCUGCUCCAGAGGUUGAAGACAGCACUGCAAGUCAGAAUGAGACAGAUACUGAGCAGCCAAGCACAGUCAGCCAGAGCAGCACUGAAAUUCAGCCAACACAAGCUGCCACCAUUGCUUCUACCACUGAGGCACCUUAUAAUAAUGGUGGAACCAAUGAAAUCUUAGGUAAUGAGGAGGGAAGCAAUGGGGGUGCUGAAAAUGCUGCUGCUCCAUAUUAUCCUGAUAACAGGUACAAUGAGCAUUAUAACCCUCAUGACCCUUAUGGAAAUGAUAAAGGUGACUAUUACAGAAGAUAUGAAGAAUACUACAGACAACAACUCUAUGCUCACCACUAUCAAUACUAUCAAUAACAAUACCACUAGACCAAGAGAAAAACAAGAAAUGUUAAAGGUUAAGCCAUAAUUUAUAGAUUAUUUAACAUUCACUCUGGAUAUUACAAUCCUGAGAAUGCCAAUGGAAUUACAAUAAUCCAUUCCUGAAUUCCCAGGAACUACAUUUUAAGUAUCUAUAUAAGAAAAGGUUCCAUAACUGCCCUAUACUACCCUAUACAUUUAUUGAACCAGCUCAGGUAUUUUACUACUCCUUCACAACAAAACCUAAUGAAGGAACCUGUAAUUAGUUCAAAUAAAUCUCCCAUUUUUUUCACUUAAGUUCUUGUAAGUUACUUUUAAAAAUUCUAUCUUUACUUUUUCUUACCUAGGCUUUUGAAGUGUACAUUGUGUCCAGUAGAAGAUGUUGAAAUGUUCAUUGGGAACUAUAGAAACAGAAAAACAACGUUAUUCACUAUUGUAGAUAACUGGCUAAAGUAAUGUAUGGUAACACAUAACAUAAAAACAUUUCCCACUGGGCAUACAUUAUAAUUUUUUCUUGUUCAGUAUGUUCAUUGGAACCUUAAAACUUCAAGAUACAGAGGCACAUAAACAGCAUGGUCAUUUGGCUGGUUACAAUAAAAAUCACAUUUGGUAUAAUAACGAUUAAUGAACGCACACAUCAGGUAUUGAUCAAUGCAAAAGGAAAAUAUUACUACAGUUUGCUGCCUUAUGAGGAACUUACAGUAUUUUUUAAAGGUCGGAAAAAAACUUUACUUUUUUGAGGUUGUCUUUUUCAAUUUUCCCUGAAAAAAGGCCAAUGCUACAUCCUCUAUUUACCAUUUUGCUGCUUUAUGUUAAUAUAUUGUCUUUAAAAACAUUUGUUUUAUUUCUGAAAUGUUUAGUGUUUCUGAGUCAAGCUUCACAGGGCAAAAUGUAUUAUUUACAAAGGAAGGAUGACAAAGAUGCAACUUUCUCAGGAUAGCAUAAUUGUGUUUUUUAAUGUUUUGGGGCAGUUUUUGACUUUUUUUUAAUAUGUUAAAUAAUGCUCUUUUUUUUUUUUUUUUGCUGCUGCACUUUCUCUGCUCUUUACAUAAUUUCUUGUUUUACUUUUACUCUACAUUUAUAUAUUAGUAGAAAAGCCUACAGAAGCAAAUGACAAAUAAAUAGUAAAUUCGGGCAAGUGCCAGUUUUCACAAUUGUUUAUACAUAUUUAACUUUUUUGUUGCAAAUGUUGAAAACCAUCACAAUUUUAAAAGGAUAUAUGUUAGUAUUGCAUAGGCAGACUUCAUAUAGUGCAUUUAUAGAAUGGGCAUACAUACCACUGAAAGUGAAAAAUUGAAUGUGAAAAGUCCACAUUUGCUGCAAGGAUUUUAGUCAAAAUCAUUGCAGACUUUUACCUCUUCCUGCCCUGUGAAUGCCGGCUAUCUUCUAAAUGGGAGGGUCUAAACAAGGGCAAAUGGUAUAGAGCAGUUAUACUGUUAUACUGUUUGUUUAGGAGAAUUGGAAAAAUGGGAAGGUUUGUUUGCUACAAUUACACGAUUAGUUGCAGUGUUGUUAUGGGCAUGCUCAGAAGAACAAGAACUGCUGUGUUUAUGAAAGUGACAGAUUACAGCAUAUAAACGAUCUUUACCCAGAGUUAGAUUUUCAAUUACAAAAUGGUAUAUUAUCUAUUUAUCUUGCAUCAUAUUUUAUGUAAUUAAUUUGGCGGAGAUAUUCUACCAGCAAUACUUUUGGGCCUACAAUGAAUCAAUUUUUUUAAACUAAAAUUACAAUUGAUGUAAGCAGGUUUCUACUAAAAGAGCCUAAAUUGACAGCCUUGAAUUCUUUGCAGCCAGUUUGAAUUUUUAAUGUUUAAUUAUUGUUGCUUUUCAAAAAAUGGUAUUCAAAUAUAGAAUAAACUAUCUGCUGUAUA